AGCAAGCAAAUAACAACCAUAGUUGACAAGUCUGGAGUACACACCCACAAAAUCAAGUAUUGCAGGUGCGCCGAUGCGCCGACUGCUGAUAUUCAGCUCUGCCAGAUGGGUUUGUUUCCGGCGUCCUUCGCCCAACCCAAGACUGCCUUCACAUUUCAGGUCCUUGACGACUUUUUGCUGGACAACUUGGAGUGUGGGACAUCAGCAAUGAAUUAUUAUAAUAAGCUCAGGAGGAUGACCACAUCUGUCUUUCCUCAUCUUGUGCCGGACCGUUACCGCGAGCUAAUGAGGGUGGCUAGGCAGUGGUGGCAGCUCCAGCUGUUAAAAUGGAACGGCUUCGGCCAUGAGUCCAAAGAUAGGAAACCUGGAGAUCUUGCUCUCCUCUGUCCAGCAUGUCCCCAGCCAGGCAUCAAUGUGACAUUGCCCCCUGAAGAUGAGCAAGAGGAAACCAACUCUGAAUCUGAACUGCCAAAGCCCAGUUGGCUGUAUUCCAGAUCCCUGGUCAUGGAUGGCAACUUCAAAGUGGAGCACCUGUAUGCGGCGAAUCCUAUGGAUAAAGUCUCCCUGAUGGAUGGUCGUGCCUUUAUGGUCGGCGAUGGCGCCUACAAGGCACAUCUUGCACAGGCAAAUGAUGCUGUUCAGUGGUCCGAAUGCAACAAUCAUUGUGCUGUAAAUCAAGCAAAUGCAACCCGGCAUAGGCUAGAAGCAACCGGCAUUGGCGGGUGUGCCUGUGCAAGGCAUGGUUGCUUCGUUCCACAUGCGAUGGUCGAUUUUCAGAAGGGAGAAAGGCAGAUGAACAUGGACUAUGCUUUGUGCGAGGCAUUGAAACACAACACCGGCAGCAUUCGGCGUGCACUGACAUUCUAUGAUAUAAACUGCCAGUAUCACAAAUAUCUCAGGGAUCGGGUAUCAGACAGCUCUUUCUUAGAGCUUGACCAGGCACUGGAGAUCGUGCCGGGAAUAGGUCUCUGGCAUGUGCAUGGCCACCAAGACAGCUGCUAUGUACGAUAUGCCUCCAAUUUCAUCACCGGUGCCGCACAAAUUGACGGCGAGAUCAUGGAGACAUUGUGGGCACCGUUAAAUAUCAUCUCUCCUUCGGCGAGGGGAAUGGGGACACCGCACCGGAAGGAGUGCUUGGACUAUCAAAUGAACGACUGCAAUUUCAUGAAGAUGAUCAGGAUGAGUGGGCAAGCUGUGAAAGGAGUCGCUGAGAGCACCGCCGCGUUCCAGAAGCUAAAUACAAGCGCCAAUGCGGCAAAAGUGAUAGAGUGGGAAGAACAGGAAAGAGUUGCACAGCAAUGCCGCACCGUUGAUUCAAAGGCCAUGGACAUAUAUGAGGUCCAACUCCGCAGAGCGCCGACACGAAAGGAACAGGAACUGCAGUUGUUGGAGGCCAAUGGUCGGUGUCCUGGUCCGGCGCGCCAGCGAGGAGCGGCGACAUGGUUGGCAGAGGGCCUGUCAAUUGAGGAGGUACAGCUGACACUCCUAAUAGAUCUCAGGAGAUUGGGGCGGCAUCCAACUGAAAGCCAGCGGUUGGAUAUUGCUCGCCGAAGAGAGAGACUCCAGGGAGACAUCGAUCGGUGGUUGGCACAGGGACUCAGGUUCAUCGGCGACAGGAUAGGAGACGGCGACAUCGAGGUGAUGGAGAACGAGCUGCUCAUGCUUGAUGAAGACCAAAUUGAUGAGACGGCAGAUGAAUUCAGACUAUUCGAGCCUGAAAAGAUGGUCUUGCCUAUGCCAUCCAUCCUUGGCCCAAAAAGGUGCGCCGAACUUGGUGCCGCAGAGCUGAUUCAACACGAACUGGCACUUCGGGAGGGACAGGCCAAUGAUGCCCUGCACAAUAUCAGAGUGCACUUGGCAGACAAGGCCGUCAUUUUCAGGACCACCGUCAGAACAGCAAAGUCUCAAGCCAUGUCUACCAGAGCAUGGGCUCAAGUUCAUUCAGUGGACCGGGCGGUGAGUAUCAAUGCAAGCAUUUACUCAAAGUGCCGCACACAGUUGGCUAACCUCGGCGCCAACGAUGAAUUGCUGGAGAGAUAUCGCCCGCUGGUCAAGGAGCAUCUCAAGGUUAGCACGGCCGUAGCUGAUCCAAAUGCAAGAGGACAGAGAAACAACACAUUGGCCUGGUUCUGGUCAAUGGAUGUGGAGGGGGAUUCUCAUAACAGUGAUUGGCUCAAUGAAUUUUACCGUGUGCACUGGCUUCGUGCCAAGGCAUUAAAAGACCAGUGGGAAGAAGAGCACCUUCUAGUGCAGCAUGAGAUGAAUUGGACAUGCGAUUUCUUUAUGCAUAAAGCAGAGGAGUGGAUACGGUUGGGCAACCUCGCCAAGAACAAGGUUGGACACCUUGCCUAUGCGGCGCGGCAGUGCAAAAUGUAUCAAUGUUUAUGUCAGGAUGCCAGUUACCACCACACUCCUGCCACCGCCGCACUCCUGUCACUGCUGCACUCUUGCCACCGCCGCACCAUAGGUCUGCCGCCGGCCUGCAUUGUUAAAAUCCAUUGUGAAGAGGUUGUAUUUCACUUGAAUGGUCAUUGGGGGCACUUAGUAGUCCCAUUACAACUACAUACUAACUAUGCAUGGCUUACCCUCCCUCCUUCUUCAAGUACUUCACCAGCCGCUCUGUUGCGGUGA